UUGGCCCCUCGGCCCAUCAACCGAGGUGCUCAUUCACUCUCGGGCGCUGCAAUCGAAAAUAUCAGAUGUGAUCUUUCAUCGACCGACAGAACGCAGGAGACGGAACUCAAGAGUUGAAUCAUCGCAACAUGAGUGCACGUCGUCUUGCUUGCAACCCUUGUCGGAAAGCCAGAAUCGGGUGUGAUGCGUCGAUGCGGAAGGGGAGCCCAUGCUCCAACUGUAUCCGCCGGGGCAAGGUCUGUCAUGUCCAGAACAACCAGAUCACCACCGAACAUGUCUCUCGAACCCAAAGUGAGGUCGACCAGGUUUCCCGGCCUGAGACGGCGUCAGCGCCCCAUUUCGCCAGUCGCAGUGACAGCACGCUCGACAGCAGCACGCUCGACCCAUUAGCGGCAUCUGUGUCGGAGCCAUCUCCUUCACGCUCGUCGUUUGGUCUUGAGCAGCGAGCAUGCCGCCGCCAGCAAGCGUUUGUGCUUCACGAGAUGCUGUGGGAUAUCUUCAUGCAGAUCUACGAGUCCCGCUUCUCCAUGUUUCUCGGCGACAGUUGCUGUCCUUAUGUUGGAAUGAACGUUUCUUCCAAGACAUUCAUAUCCAGGCUCUCGAUUCAGCUGGACAAGCUCUGCGCCGUGAACUCGACCCUGAGGCAGCAACAACUCAAUGAUCGACUAAUCAAUGAUGCCACCAACCAUGCAGUCUACACGUAUGCCUCUCGCUGGCUGCCCUUACACACCGGACGCCCACGGCCCCCAGGACCAUCUCACCGCGGUCGACCAACUAGCCCGGAACAAGAACUGUCCGACUAUUUGUGGCGGCGGACGCAGUCCAAGAUCCAAUCCAUCAUGUCACGGCCCAGUUACCGGGCAAUUCACGCGAUGCAGAUCUUUGGCGCGGCCGAACGCCCUCUCAACUGCGACGACCCGGGCUUUGCAGAUCUCUGUGGCCAGGUGCAACUGUCCCACGUCCUUCAACUUCAAGCGUCUGCUGGCUCCCCACCAUCGACGAGGCUGUCGCCGUAUACAACGUUUCUCCUUCCUGACCACGCCUGCGAUUCUCUUGAGGUCAACAACAACCACGGGUCGGGUGACAACCAGACUCGACGACGCAUGGAGGAUGCCAUCUUCUGGUUGUCGGUGAUGAAGGACUCGUACAGCUCCCUCAUCCGGCGAGGCUCUCCCACUUUGCUCCCACAUGUCUCCGGAGACAAGCGGUUGUGGGAUUUCAUCCGACAGCGGACGGUCAUCUUUACCAACGCUUUUCAAACCCUCCAUGGCUCUCCGCAUGCCCUCCCCAACGAGGUCAUCACCAUCAUUCUGCAACACGCCUCCGCCUGCAAAGUCAUGUUUCUGAACGUCAUCAACCGGUUUUACAACGUGGUCAACUAUCACAACGUGGAAGAUUCCGUCGAGGAAGCGGCCCAAAAGAUCAUCGCCGAGUCGGAUCGCUUUCAUAGCGUCUUCGAUCCGCUGCUCGCCAUCUGUGCCCGAGACUUCUUGACCUUGGAAUACCGGGAUCAACUCAACUACGUGUGGCUGAUUACCCACUACCACCUCGGUUCUCUGACUCUGGCCAACAUCAUGGACGAAGCCCCAACCACGCCGAUAUGCCUCAAGAACCCCGUCUUGUCCCGUUUAUAUGCGUGCAAGGCCAUCGUAAAUGCCCUAAGUCUCGGCCUGCAAGCCGAUCGUCACUCUCUGAGCCCGGGCUCCUACCCAAGUCGACUUCUCCUAGAGCCGGUCCCAGAAAUCCAAGUCGAGGCUCUGUCGCUCGCCUGCUCCGCCAUCUUUCUUCUUCACCAAUCCAAGGAGCUGUCCACGGCCAACGCCAAAGUCAUGUUGUCCGUGAUAUUGACCGUGUUGAACAUCCUCUCCCAGAUCUCGAUCACGGCAUCCUUUGUCAUCACCUCUGUCCACGAACAGAGUUCCAAGCACGGCAUCAACAUGUCACAUGAAGACUCAACGAUCGGCCAAAAGGUCGUGGCCAAUGUCGACUCGCGCGUCAAUCUGUCAAUGUUCGACCGCCAUUCUCUCGAUGAGUUCUCGCAGGAAAUGGAAGUUCAGAUCUACAGCGACAAUUCGAUGAUUGACCGCAUGAUCCACAAGUACGAGGAUGAGGAUGGGCUCCAGGGCCCGACCGACGUGGAUCCUCAAGAUGAGGCCAUGUAUUUUAUGCCAGGGGAAGCUACAUCCACGGUUUCCAAAUCGAGGUUCGUGUUCCCUCCCGUCAUGUUUGAUGCUUUGAAAAGGAAUCUCGAAGUGAUGGGGUCUGACUUUUAA